AAUAGUAAAAUACCAGAUCAACCUAAAACCGCUCCCCAAACAGUGGGCGGGACAUAAGUAGAAAGAAAUUGUAGGCCUUUCACCAGAUCAUAGCUAAACUCGCCAUAUUCACUUCCCGCAAAACUCACCCCCAAAGCGCUCCGAAUAAUCCUUGUGUUCAAACCUGUCAUGGCCACCCCUUCUCACCCCUCUGAUUCAGAGGUUGUUUAUCGGAGACAAAACAAGGGACCCCCUUUCAAGUUCCUAGUCCCUUUAGUCUAUGCCCCUGUUCUCCCUUUAAUUCGGCUUUCUUUGAGGAAGAAUCCAGUUUUAAGGGACCGCUUGUUUACUCUUGUAUUGGCUGGGGCUUUUGUUCAUGGUUCUUAUUUGGUGUGCAUGGAUCCUCGAGCACAAAAAGUUGGGUUUGAGCCCCACCUUCCCCAAGAUUGUAUUUUGAUAAAAACAGAAGUAUUGUAAAAUGUCUCACAGUAAUGUUGCUGUGAUUUCUAUACAGGACUUCUUAAUAGGAGGUCAUUUGUGUUUAUGCCUUUGAAUGAUUGGUUUAGUUGGGAAGGAUAAGGGAAAGCAUCGAGUCUAUGGUGCAUUGGUUUCUCAAAUGCUUCAAAGUAAUCAUGUAAAAUUCAAUUCUUUACACUGAUGCUUUAAGAUUAUUGGA